UUUUUUAUAACAUUUAUUUUUAUGAGUUUUACUUUUUAUUUUACAUACCGCUAGAGCUUGUAUACACUUAAGUUUUAAAAUUGAUUACUAAUUUCUUAGUUCAUUAAUUUCAUUUUAAACAGUACAUCAGAUAAGAAGUUAGAACUCCAAAACUUGAUUGAAGAUAUUUUUUAUUACGAUUAAAUGAUAAAAUUGAACUUCUGGAACUUUCACAUAAACUAGCAGGUGAUGAAGAAGGUUUGAUAUGCUGGGUACAAGGUUGUACGACUGCAGCGCUCAAACUACAGUUGCUUCAGUUUUCAAAAUGGCGAUAUGUUAGGGAGAUAGUGCUGUAAAAAUGUCAAGAAAAUGUUAAAUAAUUAUUUUGUUAUAAAUAAAUAAGCUGAUAUCGUUGAACAAUGGAGGCAGGGACAAGUGGUAGUACUCGAGCUACCAGAUUUAUGAUGGAAGGAGUAGGUGCGAGAGUAAUACGUGGACCUGAGUGGAAAUGGGGCAAACAGGAUGGAGGAGAAGGUCACGUUGGUACAGUUAGAAAUUUUGAAUCUCCUGAAGAAGUUGUUGUUGUAUGGGAUAAUGGAACUGCUGCCAAUUAUCGAUGUUCAGGAGCAUUUGAUCUGAGAAUUCUUGAUUCCGCCACGACUGGUGUUAAGCACGAUGGUACCAUGUGCGAUACAUGCCGACAACAACCAAUAUUUGGCAUCAGGUGGAAAUGUGCUGAAUGUGGCAAUUAUGAUUUGUGCUCCAUUUGCUAUCAUGGUGAUAAACAUCAUUUGAGACAUAGAUUUUAUCGAAUUACAACGCCUGGUAGUGAACGAGUACUUUUAGAGCCAAGAAGAAAAAGUAAAAAGAUAGCUAUUCGAGGAAUUUUCCCUGGAGCAAGAGUAGUUCGAGGUGUUGACUGGCAGUGGGAAGACCAAGAUGGUGGCAAUGGACGACGAGGAAAAGUUAAUGAAAUUCAAGAUUGGUCUGCUGCGAGUCCAAGAUCUGCUGCAUAUGUUAUAUGGGAUAAUGGAGCCAAGAAUUUAUACAGAGUCGGCUUUGAGGGGAUGGCUGAUCUUAAAGUUGUUAAUGAUGCAAAAGGACAAACCGUGUAUCGGGAUCAUUUACCAUUACUUGGAGAGCAAGGUCCUGGUCGAACAGGUCCUCAUGGAUUACAAAUAGGAGAUCAAGUUAAUGUGGACUUAGAAUUGGAGAUUGUCCAAUCACUUCAACAUGGUCAUGGAAGCUGGACCGAUGGAAUGUUUGAGUGCCUUGGUACAACUGGAACAGUUGUAAGCAUUGAUGAAGAUCAUGAUAUUGUCGUAUCUUAUCCUAGUGGAAAUCGAUGGACAUUUAAUCCCGCUGUGCUUUCUAAAGUUCAAACUCCAGCGCCAGCUGGAAACUGUUCAACUACCGAUAGUCAAGCAUUUGCAGUGGGUGAUUUAGUCCAAAUCUGUAAUGACUUGGAAAAGAUUAAGUUAUUGCAACGCGGACAUGGUGAAUGGGCAGAGGCAAUGGCACCGACGUUGGGUAAAAUUGGUCGGGUGCAGCAAAUAUAUCACGAUGGCGAUCUAAAAGUAGAAGUAUGCAGUACUUCGUGGACAUACAAUCCUCAGGCUGUUGUUAAAGUAGCAAGUAGUGAUGGAAGUGUGCCAGGAAAUAAUAGCGGGGAACGGUUAUCUGCUCUGCUGAAAAAGUUAUUUGAGACUCACGUAUCAGGGGACGUUAAUGAGGAGCUUGUUAAAUCUGCUGCCAACGGAGAUGCUGUAAAAUGUGAAGAAUGUUUAAAACGCCUCGAUGCUGACGUAAAUGGAGUAUUUGCUGGUCAUACAGCACUUCAAGCAGCAAGUCAUAACGGUCAUCUAGAUGUUAUAAAAAUUCUUCUACGUUAUAAAGCUGACGUUGAAAUUGAGGACAAAGAUGGAGACAGAGCCGUUCAUCAUGCUGCAUUUGGUGAUGAGCCAGGGGUUAUGGCUCUUGUUGCGGGUGCUGGAGCUGACUUGAAUGCUAGAAAUAAAAGACGUCAAACUGCGCUUCAUAUUGCGGUUAAUAAAGGACACGCAGGUGUUGUUCGUACGUUAUUAGAAUUGGGUUGUCAUCCAAGUCUUCAAGAUGCUGAGGGAGACACUCCACUCCACGAUGCGAUCUCUAAGAAAAGAGACGACAUGUUGACGCUGUUGUUAGACCAUGCGGCAGACAUUACUAGGACAAACAAUACCGGUUUUAAUGCUUUGCAUCAUGCUGCUCUACGCGGAAAUCCAAGUGCAAUGCGGAUUCUUCUUUCAAAGCUUCCUCGGCCAUGGAUCGUUGAUGAGAAAAAGGAUGACGGUUAUACAGCCCUUCAUCUUGCUGCCCUCAAUAACCACGUUGAAGUCGCCGAAUUAUUGGCUCGAGUUGGCAAAGCUGACCUGGAUCUUCAAAAUGUCAAUUUGCAGACUGCGCUACAUCUUGCUGUAGAACGCCAACAUACCCAAAUCGUCAGAUUACUGGUACGUGAAGGAGCUAACGUUAACGUUGCUGAUAAAGACGGUGAUACACCGCUUCAUGAAGCUUUACGCCAUCAUACAUUAUCACAGUUGCGACAAUUGCAAGAUGUCCGGGAUGUUGGAAGACUAUUAAUGGGUCUUGGUACACAAGGACAAGAUAAGAAAAGCAGUUCUUUUAUCGCCUGUUUUCUAGCUGCUCAUGGCGCUGAUCUAGAGUUGAAAAAUAAAAAAGGCCAAACCCCACUUGAUCUUUGUCCUGAUCCAAACCUUUGUAAGACUCUAACUAAUUGCCACAAAAAUAAAGAAUCGCAUGACAUAGAAACAACAACACAUUCAGCGACGAUUGAUGAAUGUCUGGUAUGCUCUGAUGGAAAGCGUGAGAUGCUUUUCAAUCCUUGUGGUCAUGUUGCCUGCUGUAAUACAUGUGCUCCAAGAGUUAAAAAAUGUUUAAUUUGUCGGGAAAAUGUUGCAUCCAGACACAAGAUUGAAGAGUGCUUAGUUUGUUCCGAUCGAAAAGCUGGAAUUUUAUUCCGUCCAUGCGGUCACAUGUGUGCUUGUGAAAGCUGCGCUACUUUGAUGAAGAAAUGCGUUCAAUGUCGAGCUCAAAUUCAGCACAUGGUACCACUGUCCAUCUGUUGCGGUGGAGGAGGUGAUAUUUCUUAUAUUAAGGGGCACAAUGCCUCAGGAACGAUAUCGGAAGUUAAAAAUGAUCCUGAAGAGGAUGCUACGCUGUUGAAUACUAAUAGCAACGAUGCCGUAUUAAUGAAUAAUGGUAGUAGAGAUACAUCUCAUAGUGAUAUUCAAAAAUUACAACAGCAAUUACAGGAUAUUAAAGAGCAGACAAUGUGCCCAGUUUGCCUGGAUCGAUUGAAAAAUAUGAUAUUCUUGUGUGGCCAUGGAACAUGUCAAAUGUGUGGGGAUCGCAUGUCCGAGUGUCCAAUUUGUCGGAAAGCUGUAGAUAAACGUAUUCUACUCUAUUGAAA